CCGGAAGUAGAAAUCGCGCGGCGUUGCCAUGGCGGCGACUCUGGGGCAGGUGCUGGCUCUGGUGCUGGUGGCCGCUCUGUGGGGCGGCACGCAGCCGCUGCUGAAGCGGGCGUCCGGCGGGCUGCGGCGGGUUCACGAGCGGACCUGGGCCCGGCAGCUGCUGCAGGAGAUGAAGACGCUCUUCCUGAAUACUGAGUACCUGAUGCCCUUUCUCCUCAACCAGUGUGGCUCCCUUCUCUACUACCUCACCUUGGCGUCAACAGACCUGACUCUCGCUGUGCCCAUCUGUAACUCCCUGGCCAUCGUCUUCACAAUGAUCGUCGGGAAGAUCCUUGGAGAAGAAAUUGGUGGCAAACCAGCCCUGCUGUCUCCAGGGAGGCCCGGGUCACAAGGCGCGGCCCUGAGCAGAGAGAGCUGGCGUGUCCUCCCAUCUCAUGUGGAGAAUAGCUACCUCAUGAUCACGUUAAGGACCAAGAGCACACGGGAGACUCACACCCCCAGCAUCCUCUCGGCUCGAGCAGCUCUCUUCCUGCCGUCAGUACCAGGGCCUUCUGUGAACUGUCACGGGGCAGAAGCCAAGGACGGCAGCACCCCCACUGCAGCCUCAGCCGGAAGUGCAGACGGGGCCCCCAGGGGUCAGAGGCCCCAGGCUGAGAGCGUGCCCAUCAGGAUGGCAGCAGGGAUGAGCUGUCUGCCAGCCCCUCCCGUCCCACCAGGUGGUGGCAGGGAAUCCGCCACUGCUAGCCCCUCUCCCGCCGGAGUCAGUGUGAGCCCAGCCUGCCCAGCCAGCACCCAGCACAACACCCGGUGAGCAACAGCCUCCAAUAAAGCUGCAGUCAGCAGGGACUAUUUACGUCGUCUUUUAU